AUGAGCUCCUUUGCGACGUCGUUCUGGUCUUCGGACUAUGCAGGAGGUCUCGGCGUCCUCUUCCAGAAGCUCCAGCAGGGUGUGCAAGAGAAUGAGCAGAUCCUUACGAUUGCGCGGAUGCGCGCUGAGGCGGAGGAUAUGUAUGGGCAGAAGCUUGGGGAUAUAGAGAAUGCUACGAACAGGAUAGACGGGGGCUUUCAGAGAGAUGAUGGGGCUAGUCUCAAGAAGGCAUACGAAGGUGUGCGCGCUGAAAUGGGCGAGGCUUCGCGAAAUCACCGAAAGAUCGCUUCCAACAUCCGAGAACUAGUGAUCAAUCCCUUCAGUCGCUGGUGCGAUCAACAUGCUGCGCGAGUACAGAACAGCCAGGAUGAUUUGCAGGGUCGGAUCAAGGCACAUGACAGGCAGGCAGAGACAGUACGGCAAUACCGAAGCGCAUACUACAACAAGUGCAGGAGAGUGGAGGAUCUGGAUGAGGAGGAGAAGCUGGCUUUCCAGGAUCCCAGCUCUGCUACCACUGGAUCCCCUAAGCCUGCUCCACAAAGUGUGCCUAGCAUCAAGGUCGAGGAAGAGCUUGAGCCUGAGCCUAUUGAGAUUGGGGACGAGACAUACACGCCCGAGCAGGUCAAGAAGAUCCUCACGCAUGCCCUGGACAACAUCAAGCUCGGAGAGACCAAAGUUCCCAUCCUAGGCACGUAUCAGAAUGUGAGCACUGGCGCGGAAAUCGUGGAGUACAUCCAGAAGCAUUUGAAUGCCAGCAGUGUUGCAUAUGCAGAGAAGGUCGGACAGGACAUGAUCACCCACGGCUUUCUGCGAUUAAUUGGAAAUAUGGGCAACACUUUCGCGAACAGCAGCCGGUUGUACUAUCAAUGGCGGCCCAAGGUGUUUCAGAUCACUGGGAUUCCGGAGAAGAGACCCAAUCUGCUCAACCGCACCUCCACCAUCAUGUCUACUGGGUCCAAUGAUUCCAUUCCUGGCAGUCCAGUGAUCGGCGACCGAGUCAGUGAAUACCUUGGAGGUUGGAACCCACUAAACAACGCCCACCCGAACGAGACCCCAGCUGAGAAGUUGAGGCGAGAGGCCCGAGAGGCGGACGACCGUUACAAGGUGGCUGUCAAGAAACUGGACAGUCUACGGUGCGCUCUGGAGGAGGCCAUGAUUGAGCACAUGAAAUUCAUGGAGCGCUGCGAACUUGACCGCCUAAAAGCCAUCAAGGCCGUCAUUCUGGACUUCAGCGGCGCGAUCAGCAACGUCAUCCCAUCAUUACAGUCCACCGUUGACAACAUGAUGUUGUUCCAGGAGACUGUCCAGCCACAGGGAGACUUGCGAUACAUGCUGGAAAACUACAUGACUGGCAACUUCCUUCCCAAGGUAACAGUCUACGAGAACUACUACAACAAUAACGACGAGCAGACCUUUGGUGUUGAUAUCGAGGCGAGAGCACGAAGCGACCGGAAGCGAGUACCGCUUAUCAUUACGACUAUUCUGACAUUCCUCGACUCUCAUUAUCCAGAUCUUGAGGGUGACGAAGCACGCCGCAGUAUCUGGCUAGUCGAGGUUCCCUUGGCUGCUACGCAUCAUCUCCGGAAUCAAAUCAAUACUGGCAAGAUCGUCCCACAGGAGCUACUGGAGAAGUACGAAGUGCCGAUUGUGGCGUCGGUACUGAAGCUGUAUCUGCUUGAACUUCCGGACAGUCUGGUGAGCUCGCAUGUUUACGAAAUCAUCAAGACGAUCUACACAAGCACUGCACAAUCUGCUUCCGAGAGCACCAGAAUACAGGUCAUCCAAUCGACGCUCGGACAACUGCGACUUGCGAACAUUGCCACUCUGGAUGCCUUGGUCACCCAUUUCACCCGCCUGAUUGAGCUCACUAGCGCCGACGAUGCAUACAUCCAAGGCCUUUGCACCGCUCUUGCGCCAUGCAUCAUGCGACCGAAGCAGGAAACUGGCCUUAGUAUGAAUGAGAAGUACAACGUGCGAUUGCUACGGGAUCUCUUCGCCCACAAGGAUGCGAUCUUCGGCGAGCUCAAGAGACAAUCUGCUCUCACUCACACCAACUCAGGUUCCACGCGCAACACCCGUGCUAUCAGCACUGACGAAUCACGACGGAAAGAGCAUAUGGAAGAGCGACAACGAGCCAUUGCGGCAGCUCAGCAAGCGCAAGCAGGUGGCACGAGGAGCCGAAAUCCAAGCCCAGAUCCUGGCAGCAGAGUUCCACUGCCUGGUCACCGCAGGGAUCGUAGUAGAGGUCCUGAGACGAGGUUCCCGGUCAAUACCACAGCGGCACAGAACACACCUGACAGGAGGGUCAUGUCGCCAACGCAGUCCAGCACAUCGAGUCACCGUGACAGCCUAAGCGUUCCGCAGAGUCCACCUGGAGGAAAGGCACCUGCCUCGCAUGACACUUCAAGCCCUGACCGACCAAAUGGCAUGUUCCACCAGCCACCACCGACCGACGACUCCUCAGAAUCAUCGAAACGCCAAUCCGGCGCACCAAGGAUGUCUGCCUCGAUCAACUCCCCGUCCGACUUUGGCCACACCAAUCACUACUACAGCAGCAGCAUCGACUCCACACCCGGCGCACCAAACGGCAGCGCGGCGCCAACUUCGAACCCAAGCAUCCAACCGCCCGCCUCGAAAUACCGCAUCGUGAACCAAGAAGAGGUCGCAUCGCCUGUCGAAGCCACCCCGACGGAGAGCACGCCAACGAAGCAGGACAGUCUCAGCCGGCGAGGCGCAUACGGCCGUCGGGGGACCGGCGGCUUGAGCAGGCAGAGUCUCGUCAGUAGCAAGCACGACAGCGCGGAGGUGGAGCCUGAGAGCAAGGGCGUGCAGCUGGAGGACAAGCCGAUGGAUUUCGACUAG